AUGUUUGGAAUAUUUGCGGACCUUCUUUCAUCAGUUAUUACCAUCCUCUUCCCGGCAUUCGCAUCAUACAAAGCUAUUCGUUCCGGAAAUCCAGCUCAGCUUACACCAUGGUUAAUGUACUGGGUUGUUCUGUCGGGGAUAUUGCUAGCUGAGUCAUGGACGGUGUUUAUUAUCGGAUGGUUCCCCUUCUACAGCUGGAUCCGUCUGUUCUUCCUUUCCUAUCUCGUCCUCCCACAAACCCAAGGCGCACGCAUCCUCUUCCAAGAAUACCUCGAUCCAUUCUUUGAGCAGCACGAGCGAGAAAUCGAAGAAUUCAUCGGCCGCUCCCAUGAACGUGCCAAGGCUCUUGGCCUUCAGUAUUUCUAUCAACUGAUUGAUAUAAUCCGUGAGAAGGUUCUUGGCUUGCCAUCUCAACAGCAACAAGCUCCUCCUCCUCCUCAACCGGCCGGUGCUGCCGGAUAUGCGCAAGCAUUACUCUCGCGAUUCAACCUCCCAUCCCCCGCAAACGUCGCACCCGGUGCAGCGGCAGGAUCAGGCGCAGAUUGGUUUUCAAUGGUCACCUCGGCUCUGGGCGCGGUGACAUCCACUACAAUCGCACAACCUCAAAGCCGCGAAGCACAAGUCGAACAACUCUCUGCAAGCGGCGUACUAAAUACAGAACAAUACAGACAUCUCUCUCGAUCCCAAAAGGCGCGAUUAUAUUCCUCGCAGCGCGAAAGGUUGGAAGUUCUUGUAUCUGCAUUGGAGAAGGAAGAGAGUAAACUCCACGUUACUCCUGGAAGUAGUGAAGACGCCUCGGAUGAUGAUCUAGCAUACGGCUCUGGCCCAGCUGGUUUGCGGAAGAAUGCGAGUGAGCAUUCAUUCGAUCAGAUCGAUGAUGACGAUUUGACGGGAUCGCGAUAUACUAGCAAUGAAGCAGCAACCGGCGGCGGCUGGGCAAGUGGUUGGUUCGGUGGUUCUACUGCUACUGGUGAAAGUCAUAAAAGGCCAUCUACGGGGAGUAAAAGGAAUGUAUCUGAUUCAGUGGAUUUUGCGGCCAGGAGUGUUGAUGAGAUUGGUCGGGCGUCGGGGUUUUCUAGAUAAUCUGACAGGUUGUGUGAGUCGUUUUGAUAGAUUGUUUGUUUAAUUCAGGAGUUCUUUCUGCGGU